AUGCGACUAGUGGCGAUCGGAAAGAAGCUUGAAUUACGACUGGAGGAUCGGGCAUCAGGGCAGCUGUUCGCGAAAUGUCCGGUGGACGAGUAUCCUGGUAUCAGCAUCGAGCCUGUCGUCGAUUCUUCACGAUAUUUUGUUGUUCGCUUGAAAAAUGACAACGGCCAAACGGCAUUCAUC